AUGUCAUUGGACAAUGAUCCAAACGUUGAGGUCGCGCGUGGCACAGAUGGUGUAGUCUGCAGCCUCGACCAUCUUCAAAAACCAUGGUCUCCUCCCGCUACUGGUGCGGUGGCCCUUGACGACGCUAAGAGCGUCGCCGAUAAAUACCUGGUUGAAAUGGCAGACGAAUACCGCAUUCCCAAGCGCAUUCUGAGUAACGCUCCUACCAAAUUCUCCGAUCAAAUCGUGCUUAAAGAUGCACCUUUCGAACUGAAGUUCGUCGAGGAACGGUCUCGUUAUAAGAGCACAGCAUUAACCUACCAACAAACAUUGCUUGGAUUGCCAGUGUGGGAUGCCAAGAUCAGCGUCACUCUAGAUGAAUCCAAACGAGUGGUCAACUCUCUGAGCAGCAUCAGCCCAGACGCCUCUGCACCCGGCAAACCUAAAGAUGACGCCAAAUACCUGAAAGCUAUUGAUGAGGAUGGUCUUCGCCAAGCUUUAGGAUUCCGCAAAGGCGAAGGUGAAAUCAGCAUCAAUAAGCAGCGUCUUCUUGUCUAUCUUUUUAACAAAAAUGACAGACAAGAGAUAGCUAGUGAAGGAGAAGAUCCUGAUAUUCAUGGAAAACCUUAUGCGCCUACGUUAAUUCUGCAUGACAUUUCUGACACAAUUCAACAUGGACGGUACUAUGUAGUAAGAGAGACCCUGUUUACUCUACCGCUCUCCGGACACGGUAACCUUAACUGGCGAGCAUUUAUUGAAGUGGAGACAGGAUCUAUUCUCUACUUACGGGCUCUCACAGCCUGUGUAAGCCGACCUGUGAAUGGCUGGGUAUUUACCAAAGAUCCCGUCACGAGACUGGGAAACACUGCCCCUGCAACAACGGGCAGUAUAGCUGAGUUGAACCUUCUCCGUGAAAAGGUUCUUCUUCCUGAUACUACGACGACAACCCCGCAAGCUCUGAUGGGCCAAUAUGCCGAGAUUAAAGAUGUUCAAUCACCUUAUAUUCAGCCUCCAAACAGUUCUACCGGGGAAUUCAACGCCAGCGUCGAAACAGACGAUUUUGCGGCGGCGAAUGCGUACCAUCAUAUCGCGAAACUCUUCAGGCUCGUGGCUGACCUGGGUUUCUCGGUUGAAACUUUGUUCAAUAGGACAGAGUUUCCCGUGCCUGUGGACCAUCGUGGCUUCAACAAUGAAGCAAAUGCCGAAGCUCCAUCAAACCAAGAUGGCGAUGGGUCCGGAGGGUUCAUCUUCGGCCGCUCCGAUGAAAAUUCGCAAAUUGGUAUUUCUGCAGAUUUUCGUAUCGCCGCACACGAAUUUGGACAUGCGCUCCUAUGGGAUGCUAUUAGCUGGCCGGGCUUUGGUUUUGCUCAUAGCCCCGGUGAUGCUUUAGGUUCUAUAUACUGUGAUCCAGGGAGUAACGCACCAGAUCGGUUUGAUUCAUUUCCUUGGAGCUUUAUCGUCCGUCGUCGUCAUGAUCGUGACAUCAGCGCCGGCUGGGCAUGGGGUGGACAAAAAUAUAAAGGGUAUGAUCCUGGGUUCUACCUUCGAGAGCAGAUCUUGUCCACCACGCUUUUCCGCAUCUAUCAGUCCAUUGGUGGAGAUGCGAUCAAAGAUCUUAGCAGGCAAACUUGGGCAUCGAAAUACACCCUGUAUUUGAUCAUUGGAGGCAUCGCGACGAUCACGGCUACGGCGGAGAUGCCGCACCAAUAUGUUUCAGCAAUGAUGCUUGCGGAUAACAGUUGGAUUACAAUUCCUGGAUUCCCUAGUUUCCCUGGAGGAGCCGCCAGGAAGAUUAUUCGUUGGUCAUUCGAGAAACAAGGUCUUUAUCAUCCACUCAAUAGUCGGAUUCCGGUGACAACAAGAGGGCCGCCCCCACUCGUUGACGUGUACAUCAAUGAUGGGAGAGACGGCGAUUAUGACUAUAUAUCUGAUUUUGAUGAUGCUCCUGGUGUCUGGAAUCGCCAAGCUCCAGAUGGAGGCACAAUCAACCAGCCGCCCGCGGUGGGCGCUACCAAUUACUGCUACGUCACGAUCGGGAAUCGGGGCACAGGAGUAGCAGAACAAAUCGAAGUCGAGGCGUACUAUUCCACUGUCCCAAGCGCGAGAGUCUGGCCUGCCGACUUCACAAUAAUGACCGCUUCGCCUGCUGUCAAUAUGCCCGCAUCCAUCAACGGGAAGCGACAGCAGACUUUUACCAUUGGGCCUUUCGAAUGGAAUCCUAAUGCCGAUCCUUCAUUUCGUAAGCAUAGCAUACUUGCGGCCGUCAGUGCUAACGCCGAUCCCUCCAAUAUCCAUCCUGAUAGUGGGUUGACAUGUGCGACUGGGCCGACGGAUGUUGACAAGCUCGUUCCAUUCGACAACAAUCUCGCGAUGCGUACAAUUUGA